GAUUUGAUGGUGUUGAAAUACCGCGCGCCACAGAUGACGAUAAACUUCCUGAAGUCCAACUUCUCGGGGGUUCCAGAGCAGGUCCAGGUCCUGGACGUGGCCUGUGGGUCCGGACUGGUCGCUAAGGGGAUGUUUGAGCUGGGCUUCAGGAACUUUGUGGGAGUGGACAGCAGCAAAGCCAUGCUGGAACUGGCUGCUCAGACGGGUUUCUACCGGGACCUGAAACUGGCCCUGCUGGGACCAGAACCGCUGCCGGCCCCGACCGGUGCCUAUGAUGUGGUGAUCCUCGUCGGAGCGCUGGACGUUGGUUUUGCUCCGGUCAGUGUCGUCAGGGAGCUCUGCCAGGCCGCCAAACCAGGAGGGUUGGUUUGCAUCGGGAGAGGAAACCACAAGGGCGUAGAAUCAGACAGAUACAAGACGGAGCUGGAGACGGAGCUGCAGCUGAUGGAGGACGAGGGGCUGUGGAGCCGAGUGGACGCCAGAGAGGAGGACGGAUACAUGAUGGAUGUGAAAGCUGAAACCAAUGCCACGCCAGAGGAAGCGUGUAUCAGCGGCAACCUCUACCUCUACAGGAAAUCAAACGCUCCAGACGGCUGAACGCAACCGUCAGAGAGGAAAAAACACAAUAUAGUGAAACACACUGAUCAAUAAAAUACUCUGA